AUGGAUACCUCGCACAUUUCGUGCCUUUCUAAGUCUCCAAACAAGCACAAUCGUCUAACUAUGCGUGCUACGCCGCUCACAGGGGAGGUGUUUGUAGAUAUCGAUGACGGAAAGAUUAGUAAUAAGCAAGAUUUAAAGGAUCGCGGUCGUUAUCUCGCUGACACUCAUGGAUGGGACGUACAAGAAGCUCGACGCAUUUGGUGUUUUGGUCCAGAGAGCACCGGACCGAACGUUGUGGUUGACGUGACGAAAGGUGUGCAGUACUUGAAUGAAAUCAAGGACAGCGUAGUGACUGCCUUCCAAUGGGCAACGAAAGAAGGUGUUUUGUGCUCCGAAAAUAUGCGUGGUGUGCGUAUCAAUCUCGAGGAUGCCACCUUACACACUGAUGCUAUUCAUCGUGGCGGCGGUCAGAUUAUUGGAACUGCCAGACGAUGUUUCUACGCCUGUGUUCUGACUGCCCAGCCGGCCAUUCUCGAACCGGUUUAUUUAGUUGAAAUUCAGGGUCCCGAUACGAUUUUGGGCGGAAUUUACAGUACCCUCAACAAAAAGCGUGGUGUCAUUCAAAGCGAGGAACGCGUCUCAGGAAUGCCGAUUUGCUGUGUUAAAGCACACUUGCCCGUCAACGAGUCUUUCGGACAAGCUUUCCCCCAGUGCGUGUUCGACCAUUGGCAACAAUAUCCUGGGAAUCCAUUGGACCCGACUUCGAAGCCUGGUCAAGCCGUUUUGGCCAUUCGAAAACGCAAAGGUCUUUCCGACGAGAUUCCAUCACUGGAUAAAUAUCUGGAUAAAUUGUGA